AUGUAUAAUGUCGGUUGUAUAAUCUCCCAAGACGGCCCUAAGAUGUAUAUCACAGUGACCAGUUUUGACAACACCUACCUCCAGUGGCUACGACGCAAGCGAGCCAUUGGCCUGCCGGCCGGCAGCUCUCUCACCAUGGCCCGUUAUGGGCCAUGGUCGAUACAGCACGAACGGGACGUCGCCGAAUUUGCGGCCAUUGUCCUUGCGAUUAUGGCAUCGGAGAAGUGA